AUAGUUGUUGAUUUGAAUGGACGUUCCAUUAACGUUAAAGAACUUGCCAAACUUCAUGUUCUGAUUUUAAUUACACUUAAGGCAACAUGGUGCCCUGUGUGCCCACAACUUUUAGUACUCCUGAAUCUCUAUGGAUUACAAGAUAAUCCUCCAGAAAGUUUUCAAGAUCCUUUUGACGAAUCUAACGUAAUAAAAGUCCCUCCAGAAGACCUUCCCUUUAACAGGCUUCUUUUAAAAACUGAUGCAUACUUUAUAAUAAUUUGUCCCGGUUCUGCUGAUAAAGUACGUCAGAUACAAGAGUUAUGUAAUUUCUCAAAUUAUCCUUAUCCAUUUAUCGUAGACGAAGAUCUUUCACUUGCUUCGCAAAUUGGACUUAG